AUGGCUUCGUUAUUUCAAAUGGAACGAGUACUUUACCAAUGUGGAUGUGAUAACUGGUGGCCAUUGUGCAAUCUUUAUUUCUGUCGCCACUGUUCUUCGCUUCGGUGUAUUUCGUGCAGUCUAAAUGAAAUAGACUCUACUUUUUGCCCCAACUGUCUGGAGAAUAUCCCAGCAGGAGAAGCUCGGGUGAAGAGGAACAGAUGCGUUAAUUGUAACCAGUGUCCAAUUUGUUCGAUGGUCCUUACAACAAGAGCAGUUGGCGAAUCCUGUCAUCUAAUGUGUUCCACAUGUAGAUGGUCAACUCGUGAUUCCGAUACUCCUGACCAACCAUCCAGUAUUAACUGGCCUGUUCAUGAAACAACCCUUGAUAAGGAUUUGGGUGAAGCUUUGGAGAGAAUGCGUGUUCUUGCAGCUGCUGAAAAAGCCCAACGAGAUCAAGUGAAAUUGAACAAAAGCGAUCGCAUAACGUCGGAAACUCCUUUACAUGUUCCUUCCGAAGACGUCCCAGAAUUAUCCUUAGCUGAUUACCUCGAGGACGGGUCUGAUGUUAUUUCACCUUCUCUGGAUUCACGUCUCCGUCAGCCUUUAGCGUGUGGUCGUCUACUUCGUCCUGUCAGGAUGCCUUUGAAGGCGAGGAGAGCUGUCCGGUGCAAACACUGCGAUCACAACCUUGUCAAACUUGAAUACGGCACUUCAACAAUACGCUACAAAAUUCAGUAUUUCGCACGUAACUUCGUGCCGGAGAUCCGCUUAUCGAGAGAGCCGGAACUCAGUGAUAGUCAGUCAGGAUCUGUUUUCUUAACUGUGGCUAACGAGAGCAACUCGAAAGCAGAAGUAAUUUUGCUAGCCGACAAUCGCGAUGAUACCGUUGAAUGUCUCACUCCCGUAGUAGAACUAACACUGCCCUCUUCGGACGAAACUGCAGAUAUUUAUGACAUUGAGACUGAUAGGCGGAAUGCCUACGAAUCAUCCGGAGCAGUUGUGUUUCGUCGAAGACAUCGAGCUGGAAUUCGAGUGGAAGUUAAAGGUGGGGAUGACAAGUCAGCCAAAGUUCUAUCCUUGUUAGUCAAGUACAGGAACGAACAGUGUUUUAUGAAUAUGAAUACAGCACCAGAAUGGAAGGUAACACGCGUUCGUGUCUCGUUGACUUCAUCCGAGUAA